AUGUCCAAGCAAGGCUGGCAACAAGUACGCAGCUACCCUGACCAUCUUGGUCACCCCGUGGUGCUUGAACAGUUCAUCGAGCCUGACUUUACUCCGGAUCCCAGCGACCUACUCCCUAUCCAAGUCUACAGCCUAGUGUCCUUGGACGAAGACCACCAGCAGCUCCGGCAGUACCUAAUGCACAGUUUCAUGCAUGAAGAAUCCAAGCCUUUGUUUGAGAUUUAUUCGUACUGCCCAUCCGAUGCCUUCGCGUGUAUCGAACAUAAUCGCCGCGAAAUCGCCUACCGCAAGCAGCAAUACCGCUCGGGCGUCCAGAAUCUACCCCCAUUGAUCCCUCAAUUCUUCCGCCCUAGCGACGACAUACCUGCUGGCUUUUGUGUUCUGCUGCGAUCGUACAGUUACCGACUGGGCUACGUUGAGGACUGGGAUGAGCUUGCCGAGGCGGGUGAAGGCCCAGACCUCCUCUACUUCAACCGCUCGUUUCCCAGCACGUAUAGCGUUGUCGACAAUAUGCAGCGCUUGUCUGAUUUUGGCGAUCCCUCGCCGUAUAUAUUUGAGUUAUCCAUUGAGCGCGUCAUAUGCCAGAUCGACAUCGGCCAGAUUAUCAUGAACGAUGUCUUCCUCAACGCUCAGCGCCCUUGGUUGCAAUAUGCCAUGGAGGUUGACGAAGGCGAGCCUCCUGACUUGAAUCCGCCAUCAGAAGAGCAGAUCCAUAAUCAGCUAGGUCAUGAAAUUGCCGUUAGCGGGUUCUCUCUCGGUCGGGCAUUCCAGAUUUCUCGAGAUGCGGACAUCGUGACAGUCACCAAUGCCCCAGAGGGAACCAGUGCCGAUAUUCAAUACCUCGUCUAUGCGCUGUUUCUCAGCCAUAUCCGCGACACAGCAGGGCCCUCCUUGUUAGAACGCACAGCAUGGUUCUUUACAGCGGCCAUUGUCUCCCAUCUCCCUGUCAGCACAACCCUUACUCUCAAGUUCGCUAUCCCGGGCUCUUUGUCCUCCAUCCGCCAGACCCAAACCGAGAUCCUAUCCCACCAAACGGAGGGCAGAGCCCCAGGGGUUUCCUUCACCAUCGGUGCUCUGCACAUAUUUUCUGCAGGCGACGGACAGCCUCCCCUCGCACACCGCGUCACCCCCCAACAACCCAAAGACACUCUGAUAGCAGUACAAAGAACACUUUGCACACCUUUUCGUGUCUUUGCAGUUGUGCUUGAUCGCGUAAGAUUUAUCUCUGAGGCCGGUGUUUACUUUUAUAUGGCGGACUGGGAUUCGUCCGGGGAUCUGGAUCCUGACCUAGAGGUUUGUCCUGAUGAUGCCCAGGUUUGGCGAGGGGGUGCCAUCGGUGAGAUUGCGCGACGGUUAGGGAUGGUUGUUCUUGAUGGACUGUCUAGCUAA